GGGAUUGGAAUGUGAUUUAUCAGUUGAUAACAGGGAUGGAAUUGAAAAGUCUGAGAUUAUCCAUCAGAUUUCUGCAAUUGAUGAAAGGUUUAAGAAGCUUAGUGUAUUGAUGAAACAUUGGGCAAAAGCACAUGAUAUUAACAGCUCCAAAGACCGAACUUUGAAUUCUCUAUCUAUUAUAUCAUUGGUUGCUUUCCAUUUGCAGACUCGAAAUCCUCCCAUAUUACCUCCUUUUUCUGUUCUACUUAAAGAUGGAGCUGAUCCUGUAGAUGUUGGGAGGGUUGUCCAAAAGUACAUAAACUAUGGCAAAAAGAAUGAAGAAUCCUUGGCCGAGCUUUUCGUCACUUUACUAAUCAAGCUGGCAUCAGUUGAAAAACUUUGGCAUCAAGGGCUCUGUGUUAGCUUGUUUGAUGGAUUAUGGAUAUCCAAAACAUGGGAUUCUGGAAUUGGCUCUAUAAGUAUUGAGGAUUUUGUGUACAGAUCUGUAAAUUUUGCCAGGGCGGUAAGCAGGGCAGGAGCCAAGAAAAUUUACAGCUGCAUCCACCAUUCAAUUGGUCAUAUAGGUUCCUUCUUGGAAGGCCAAAUACAGGAAUCUCAGUGCAAAGAACUCAUAUUUGGCUCUGAUGUCAGUACAAUGGCUACUGUACAAGACAUGGUUUGCCAAAAUCUGCACAAAGAUACAGUUAAGCAUCCCAUUGAUCCAGAGCAUCAUCAAAGAAAAAAGAUGCGAUUAACAGGAAUUUUUGAAGAAACCCGACUUGCACAAAGUUCGGAAGGGGAACACAAUGAACCAGGGUGGAACGGCAGUUUGUUUGCAAAAGAGAGAGGAACCUUGCAUUUGGAACAAUGCAGAACACUGCUGGAUGACAACAGGAGAGAAAGUGGAUACUUGAAUUUCCGGAGUGACAAAUGGCAGAAUCAUGCUGGAAAUUCAGGUCUAAUGCCACCUGCCCAUGCCCGACAAUUCCCUUCUCAAACUCGUGUUGCUUCCAGCUUUGAUAAUGCCAGGUUCUAUGAUCCUCAAAAACUUCCUCCUGUUCCUUUUCCAUAUCCCACAGGCUUUGGAGAGUCCCAUGAACCUCUACCCCAAUUCUCUCCAAUUUUACAAAAUCACCCGGGAUUUUUUAGACCCAUGUCUUCUCAUGGACCUUUUUAUGGUAAACAAACUCUAAACCAUCAAGAAUUUAUACCCUAGGACAUAGUCACAUAGGUUACUGUCCUAUGUUUAUAGAGUUUACUUUAGCUUCAGAUUCCCAGUUCUUGGUAGAAACUAGAGACAAAUAUCCCAAAAAGAAAGGUGCAUAUGCCUUGCACCCGAAUGCCAUCAUUUGAUUGCGAGUAAGAUUCUUAAUAUCAAAAUUGUUGGUAGCUGGGUGAGGAUGUAUAUAAAUUGAAUGAAAUUUGGCUGAACCCGAUCAUUGUUGUAUUGUUAGUGUAUCUUGUCAGUCGGUUCUAUUAAUUGAAGUAAUGUAACUAUUUAAGAUACCAUGUGAUAUGGAAGAAGAGGUAAAAUCAA